AUGCUUGGAGGGUUACUCUUCUCCCUCGCGAGAAUUUUCGAGAUUGUUACUCUGAUUCCCAUCAUUGGGAUGUUGGCAUGGUUUGUCGAUGGUUUCAAUGACAAUAACCAACUAACUCCGUCCUUCAUCCUCGUCCUUUUCAUUGUCUCCGUCUUAGCCUGCGCUUGGGCUGUCGCUACCCUACUGCGUCUCGGGUCUACCCGGCGCUCGGCCAUGUUUGUCGCAUUCAUCGAUCUAUGCUUCGUCGGCGCCUUCAUCGCUGCGGACUAUGAACUCCGAGGCAUCGGCAACGUGAACUGCAAUAAUUUCUCAAGUGGCUCAAUCUAUAUCAAUCUUGGACCAUUUGGAUACUAUGGCCGCAACAGCGUUCAUGUAGCCGCCGAGUGCUAUUCUAAGAUCUUGGAUUGUCUGGAAUUGACGGAGCGAAAUUCUCUCGGCGAUUCAAGCAUCAAGCGCACCACGGGUCUACAGACCCUCGACCGCGGCGGCAGUGGGACGUCGACCGAGUUCUCCUCCGAACUCUCGUUCGUCGUAGAGCUGGACGAGCUCGAAUCCUGA